AUGAAUGCUAGUGGCACAACAACAACUUACACUAGGCAUUUGAAGAAUUGUCUACAAAAGAAACUAGUAGACGAGGGGAACAAAAGGAUGCAACAACAAGUUCUUUCCUUCACAACAGAAACACCAUCGGAUGGCAUGACUUCAAUAACAAACUUUAGAUAUGAUCAUGCUAAGGUACGGGAACUUGCAUCCCAUAUGAUUUUGGCACAUGAAUACCCUUUUGCAAUGUUGGAUCAUGAAAUUUUUAAUAAGUUCAUGAAAGCUGUUUCUCCAUAUUAUAUAAGGAUUAGUAGGCAAACUGUGAAGAAAGACUGCAUUUCUACUUAUGAAUUGGAAAAGAAGAAGCUGAUGUCAUUGCUAAAGGGGGUCAGUAAAAUCAGUAUCACAACAGAUUUGUGGAAAUCAAAUCAGAAAAUUCAAUAUAUGGUUGUAACUGGGCACUUUAUUGAUUUCAAUUGGGUGCUACAAAAGCGUGUGUUGAAUUUUUGUAAUGUUCCUCCCCCACAUACUGGAGUUAUUAUAGCUGAUGCUCUUAACAAGUGUUUCAAUGAAUGGGGCAUAGAGAACAAAAUUUGUAGUAUUACCGUGGAUAAUGCUUCAUACAAUGAUGUGUGUGUUAGGAGGCUGAAAGAUGACUUUUUGUUGGGAAAACAAUUAAAUGUUGGGGGAAAAUACUUUCAUGUUCGUUGCUAUGCACAUAUACUUAAUCUUUUAGUGCAAGAUGGCCUUAGUCAAAUUGGAGAAGUGAUUGAUACUGUUAGGGAGGGGAUUAAGUACCUAAAUUAUUCUGAGUCCCGCCUCAUUGAAUUCAGCAAGAUAAAGAAACAGCUUCAUUUAUCUCUAAGAAAGUUGAUUCUAGAUUGUCCAACACGUUGGAAUGGGACAUAUUUGAUGUUAGCUUCAUCUGUAAAAUUUAAAGAUGUGUUUUGGAGAUAUGCAGACAUUGAUCAUGGCUUUCAUUAUGUUCCUAGUGAAUAUGAUUGGAUGAGAGUUGAAGAAGUGUGUCAAUUUUUGGGUAUUUUUCAUGAAAUAACUAAUAUGAUUUCUGGGAGUGAACAUCCAACUGCCAACAUUUUCCUACGUAAGCUUUAUAGAAUCAAAGAGCUUCUGAAUGAAAAAUCUAUUAAUCCUUCUAGCCAUAUAAGGGCUGUGGUUGCAAGCAUGGCUUCGAAAUUUGAUAAAUAUUGGGGUGAAAAUAAUAUUCUGCUUUCUUUGGGUGCAAUUUUAGAUCCAAAAUAUAAAAUGGUACUCAUUGACUAUGCCUUUCCAAUUAUUUAUGGUAGCGAAGCAGCUCCCAUAUACAUUGCUGAAAUAAAAGAGGUUUUGAAUGACUUUUAUAAUGAGUAUGUUUCUUCAUUCACUCCAUGUUCUGCUGAGGAUGUGUAG